AUGGAUUUCGAUCGGCGAAACAUAAAUGCCCGACUGUUGAAAGAAUCGAAAAAACUGAGUAUGCACUGCCUAAAUCUUCCAAACCGGAAAUUAUUUCAGACGAUUCGAUGCAAAUCACAUGACGAGGAGGCGCACAGCAAUUUUACAAGGAUAGGAUGUUUUAGAUCUUGUGACACUGCUGAAGUCGUCAAUGAUAAUGCCAGGCCCGGAAGAAGAUGGAGUUCGGAGCACGGGGGUCAGGUUGACGACAUGACGAUGGCCCUGAUUGAUUCAGCCAAUGACAGGACUGAGGAGGGACAAGAACAGAUUUCCCAGGCGCUGUUUGACCUCGGAAAACACAAACCUGCCCUGGUUCUCAGCUGCUGCUACUCGUACCUGAAAAAACACACCAAGCUUGCUCAAGAACACCGAGUGAUCUUGCUACAAUGUAUGGAGAGGAUCGUAAAAGAAACUCUGGAUCAGAUAGACACGGGACUCGCCACUGAUCUCAUUAAACUCGGGGCCCAGGAAAUGACAUGCUCAAAGGUUUGUAUCAUAUAGACACGGGACCCGCCACUGAUCUCAUUAAACUCGGGGCCC